UCGAAGAUGGGCUGCAAGGAUGUCCCGCAGGCGUCGCCCGUGUCGUCCCCAAUCGUGCACAGCAAGCGCGGGUUCAUCGAUGCCGUCGUCCAAGCGUAUAACCGACACCACAAUCUCGUGCUGCGCCCUGAUGACGUCUGGCUUGCGAUCAUGAUCCAGUUCAGCUUUCACAUCAACGGAAACGCGCGAUGGUUUCGCUCGUCGCUCGUCAAGCACCGCGGCAAGAAGAACCUCACGAUUCAAGGCGGCGGCGACGUGAGGUCGGCCAGCGUAGGCGGCCUCGCCAAGUUCAUGGCCAAUGAAAUGACCGCGCACCUCGUGGACCCAGCACUCAAAGACUGGGUGCUCCCCGGCUUCUCAACGACUACGGACAACGACGUAGUCGUCGGCAGCGUUGUCUUCAUGGCGGCGAUGAAGAAGUACUUUAGCUACAAAUUUGAGCUUGGCUGUGGCAUUCCGUUUGUGACGCUCCUCGGGACUGUCGAUGAUUGGCAAGACGUUCGCGCCCGCAGCACCAAGCUCGCGACAUUCGGCGGGUAUGCGUCGACUUGGUCCCGCAUGCUGGCGCCGGUUCUCGACCAGUUUGUCUUGGCCGCGAAAGGUCAGCCGGAUGUGGCGUUCUGGGACCGGAUUUGCCACCACAUUGGCGGUGGGUCGGGCCCGAGCUACCUUAGCGGCUGGCUCAGCGUUUUCUGCGUCUUCAACGAGGAAGGGCAAUGGCAAGGCGGUACAAGGUCGGUGACGCUCUACACCGGCGAGGUCGUCACGGCGGACUUUCCGAUCGUCGAGUCGCAAGACGUGCCGCCGGGCUACGUCACGGUCGACGUCGCCAUUGACGACAAUGGCGUGCGGCUCGAAGGGCUCCUCUUUGCGGGCCACAUGAGCUUCAGCGUCCAAGAAGAAGCCACGGUCAUUGCUCCCGAGCUGGGCUGGGCGAUUGCGCUCAAGAACGGAGAGCACGACAGUAGCGAUGACGACGACGCAGUCGAUGACCAAUGGACAAGCGCCCUUCACGCAGUGUUUCUCUGA